GGUGUUUUAAAAAUUGAAGCAUAUGCCAAACAUUAUCAACAUCCUAUAUACAAAGCCCUUGUAUAUUUCUCAAUUUUUUUAAUAGCAUACUGUUAUGGGUUGGAUAGCUCAGUUCGUUCAGUUAAUUUAGCAUAUGCUCAGUCUUCAUACAAGACACAUUCAUUAUUAUCAACAGUUAAUUGUAUCCAAGCAGUCAUUGCAGCAGCUGGUCAAUUAGCAUUUGCAAGAGUUAGUGAUGUCUUUGGUAGAUUAGUCAUGAUCAUAUUCACUGUUGUUUUUUAUGUUGUUGGUACAGUUAUUGAAUCUCAAGCUACAAAUGUUCAAAAAUUUGCAGCAGGUGCAGUUUUUUAUUCAUUAGGUCUAACUUCAUUAUCAUUAAUUUUGGAAGUUAUUAGUUCAGAUUUUUCAAAUUUGAAUUGGAGAGUGUUGGCUAGUUUUGUUGUUGCUAGUCCUUUUAUUAUUAAUACUUGGGUUUCAGGUAAUGUUCAAACUGCAGUUGGUGGUUUGAAUUGGAAAUUUGGAAUUGGGAUGUGGGCUUUUAUUUUACCAUUAAGUUGUAUUCCAUUAGUGUUGUGUAUGUUACAUAUGAGAUGGUUAGCUAAGAAAAAUGGUGAUUUGGAUAGGAUUAAAGAACAAAGUCAAACUCAAUUACAAAAACUUGGAUGGAAAGAUUUCAUGGUUGAAACAUUUUUUUGGGAUUUAGAUAUAAUUGGUUUGGUUUUAGUUGUUUUAGUAUUUGGUUUAAUCUUAGUCCCAUUCACUUUAGGUGGUGGAUUGAAAUCUGAAUGGAAACACGCAAAAAUCAUAGUUCCUGAAGUUUUAGGAUGGUGUGUUGCGUUACCUUUGUUUAUAUUAUGGGAAUCCAAAUAUUCAAGAGUUCCAAUCAUUCCUGGCUAUUUAUUCAAAGAUCGUGGGAUCUAUGCAGCUUUAGCAAUUGCUAUUUUAAUCAAUUUCAUAUGGUAUCAACAAGGUGAUUACAUGUAUACUGUUCUAGUUGUUGCAAAUAAUGAAUCUGUUAAAAGUGCUACAAGAAUUACUCAAUUAUAUUCAUUCGUUAGUGUCAUUGUUGGUCUAUGUGUCGGUUUAACCAUAACCAAAAUUAGAAAAUUGAAAGCCUUGAUUGUGUUUGGUACUUCUAUGUGGUUAUUAGCUAUGGGAUUAUUAAUUCAUUUCAGAGGUGGUGAUGCUGCAAGUCAUUCAGGUAUUAUUGGAUCCUUAUGUUUAUUAGGUCUUGCAGCUGGGUUUACCACUUAUCUAGCUCAAUGUUCUAUUCAAACUUGUGUUAAUCAUCAACAUAUGGCUGGUGUCCUAGCAACAUAUUUAGCUUCUUAUAGUAUUGGUACCAGUAUUGGUUCUGCAGUUUCAGGGGCUUUAUGGACUAAUAUUUUACCAAAAGAGUUGGCCAAAAGAUUGGAUGAUAGUACAUUAAUUGCACUAGCUUAUGGAUCUCCAUUUAAAUUCAUCGCAACUUACACUUGGGAAACAGCUGAAAGACAAGCUGUUGUUCAUGCUUAUAGACAUAUCCAAAAGAUAUUGUGUACUGUUGGUACAUGCUUUUGUGUUUUGUUGAUUUGUUUUGGAUUGUUGUUAAGAGAUCAUAAACUACAAAGUGUUGUUGCAGUGGAG